CCUGCCAACUUUUUGCAACGUUCGUGUCAGUGUGUGUAGCCGCCAGCACAGGCUCGACAUCUAAUGGCGGAUUAUUAUAAUUGUCUAAUCUGUAUUCAGAAACUGUAAUGUACCUCAGGAGGGAGAAAAGAGAGGAAGAGGGAGGUGGAGGGAUCGGAGAGGUGAAAGCAUGUAAAGAGAAAAACAGCAGUGACAGAGAGGAGGUAAAAAGGAACGACACACAAAGGAGUGAGAAAGAAAGAAAACAGAGAAAAGGAAAGGAAAGUGAUAAUGUUUCCAACAGGAGAAAAAGGCUUUGGUAGGGAGAGCGGGGCAUAGGUAAAGCAGGGCGAGCGAGAGAGUGGGAGAGGAGAUGAAUGGAGGAGGUGAAGGAAGGAGCGUAGGUGUAAAAGGGGAUGGAGAAGCUGCAUUCCUGACCACACAGUUACAGAACGAGACGAGAAAGAGGGAAAGAAGUUAAUCUGAAAUCCAGAUGCCUUGAGGACCAACAGAGGGUCAAACUAAUCCACACACACACACACGCGCGCACACACAGAGCGCUCCAUCCCCUCUCUCUUUCACAGACCUCGGGACCUCAUUGGCUUUACAAGACAGCAAACAUCCACAGGACCAAAAUAUCAACUGGAUACUUUUUAUGCCUGUUUUUCUUGUAAAACUCUGACUUUCCAGCCGGCAGUGAAAACUAAAGGACUUGUUUUUGGGGUCUAUUUCGAACCUAAACUGUUUAUUUUUCCCCUCCUUCUGCAGGAAUUUCCAGGUGUAUGAAUGGCCUGAGUGGUCAGACAGCCAUCCAGUCAUGGCGCUGUGGUGGUGCGCCAAGAUCUUCUGCAGGUUGGCUGCAGCUUGGUUUCCCCUGCUCUUCUCAUCUCUUCUGUGGCAAACGAUCUUCCCUGUCUAUGCUGCCCCGUCUUGCCCGCGGACCUGUAGCUGUCCUGGCGUUAAAGAGGUCCACUGUACGUUCAGACACCUCACCACCAUACCAAAAACCUUUCCUAGAGACACAGAGAGGCUCAACCUGGGUUAUAACAGCCUGACGGAGGUGGAGGGGUCAGAAUUCAGGUCACUACGGCAACUGGAAAUGCUCAUGUUGCAUGGCAAUGACAUUAACACAGUCCACCCUGGGGCGUUUUACAGCCUAAGAUCAUUACAGAUCUUGAAGCUGAGUUACAACAAGCUAACAUCAUUGAACGCUGGUCUGUUUGAUGGUCUUGUUGGUUUGAUCCGUCUCCAUCUGGACCAUAACCUUUUAGACUUUAUAGAGCCAUACUCUUUUUCUGGCCUGACCUCCCUAAAACUCCUGCAGCUGGAGGGGAACCUCCUCAAAGAGAUCCAUCCUCAUACCUUCAUCACAGUGUCACUACUAGGAAGCUUUUGGACCUCUGGACUCAAACACUUACACCUGUCAGACAAUCUAUUGGAGCAGCUCCCUCCAGCAGCACUGAGGACUGCUCCCAGGCUGGAGCUUCUCUCUCUUCAUGGUAAUCCCUGGACCUGUGACUGUCAACUUCAGUGGCUGGUUGAAUGGAGUUCCAAACAUGAAGGUGUAAUAAAGUGCAAGAAGGAACGUGGCUCCAGUGAGACUUGCCCCCAGUGCUCCUCUCCUCAACCCCUGAAUGCCACCCUCUUGUUAGGGUUAACUCUGGACAAGCUGAGCUGUGAACGACCAGCUCUUUGCUCCCCCCUCAAACAAUGGGACAAUCCGGUGUGGGCUGAAUCUGAAGCAGAGCCUGACCUUCCAUAUACCCGGGACUUUGAAAAACCUUUGGGCCACCUGACCUUUGUUCUCUCUGACAGCCAUGGAAACCAUGCUCAUGUAGCAUGUGAUGUGCGUCACCCUGGAGACAGUUCACCUAUGACUUGGACUGUAAAUUCACAUUCACCUGCGGAGUUAUCUGUCAAUGUUUCGCUGGUGACUGUCCUUGAGUGUGAGAUUGAUCGAGAGACAUUGCAAAAUCUAUGGCAGCUGGUUGCAUAUUACUAUGAAAGCCCUGCUAUCUUAGAGAGAGGUCAACAGAGAGGAAAUGCAAGCAGAGUGACCUAUCAGUAUACCCAAGCUGUAAAUGAAAAUUCCCCAUAUUUUACAGAACUAAAAGGGCAUUUGGUCGCAGAACCCUCAUGGCUACUGCAACCAAGAGUCACUUUGAGGCUCAACAGGCAGCAGACAACAACUAAGAAACUGGUGAUGGAUUUCACUACUUUAAUUACCAAGCACGUCAGCAGUCAUAGAGGGCAGGAAGAUGACAAUGACUCUGCUUUUUCCUGGGCAUUCAUUCACAGAGGGACAGCAGGGCGAAUUCAGACAGCUCUUGAGGGUUCAAAGGUUCGCUUGGAGUGCAGUGUCGUCACUUCAAAUCCGGAAGUGAAAGUGGAGUGGAUGCUUCCAGAUUUGUCCAUUGUGGAAGAAGCAAAUGAUAAAACAGAAAUUUCACAAAGAGGAGACCUUGUGAUUUUAAAUGCCACACUGUCUGAUUCAGGCCUCUACCAUUGUAUGGUCAGAACAAAAGCCGGUGUGGAUUUGAUGCCAUUGAGGCUAACCAUUAAAGAACUCUCACUUAGCCCCACUGCUUUCAAUGGUCAGAAAAUUGUAGUUGAGAAGGGACGCUCAUUAGCUCUUCCUUGUGACGUGACCUCAGUUCAACCAAGUCAAACUAUGUGGUACCUACCCAAAAAUCAAAUUCUACUCCCCACACAGCAGACAAGACGAGCAGAAGUGAUGGAAAAUGGGACUUUGGUAGUAAGGAAGUUGUCACAAGAAGAUGCAGGGGAGUACAGCUGCUUAGCCUCAAAUUUGUAUGGAGUUGACAUGCUAUCACACAUGGUGGAAGUCACAGGAGAAAAGGCCUCUGAUAGGUAUAAAGUACAGACAGAGAGUGAGAAGCAGCUCUUACCUACCAGCGUGGAGGAAGGAGAGGGUUCAGGGGGAGAUUACCAGGAAAUUACACGUCCUUUUGCAACUCAGUUUCCUAGGAGGAUAGGAACACAGCAAAGGAACCCCAAUGGGUUUUCGAAAAGGAUAAGAAUUAAAGAUUCAAAAAGAAAACCCAAUAAGUCUGUUAAGGAAUUAGAUCCAAAUCGUUGGGCAGAGAUAUUAGCUAAAGCUAAUUCUAAACCAAGUGUUGCUCUGCCCACAGAGCAGUCACUAGAGGAGCCCAGUACUGUAACAAUCCAAACAAGUACACUCAAACUUACUACAACAACUCCCACUACAAUUGCUACUAUUACUAACAACUUACCUCAUACUACUACCUCUCUUGAAAUUACAAUAAAGCCGACAAAUUUCACCAUGAACACAAGAGUUAAGUCAGAGGCCCAUUCAAAGAAAGACAAAAAAGAAAAUAUUGGUAAAGACUCUGAAAUAUCAGAAAGUCUCCCACAUGUUUUACACCCAGAACCUCCAAGAAUUAUGGAACCAUCCCUAGACCAUGUUUUUGGGAGUACAGAAAAACCUAAAUCUAUCACAGAAUCUCCUGCUAUUGGAACCCCCCAACCAGUUGAUCAGUCUGAAAAUAAGCAUUUUGGAGAGGGGAGAAGGAACCAAAACCUUGUUCCUGGUCAGACAAACAGGAGAAGACCCCCUUAUAGACGCAGAAAACCCCCGCUGAGAAGAGUCCAUCCGCACUUAAACCCCUUCUACCAUCCAUUUAACAAGCCCCAAACAACUGUUCCCCCAACAACAACAACCACCACACAACCAACAACAACGAUGACUACAACCACUACUACUACCACCACUACUACUACUACAACACCUGUUCCAACCACAGUGGAAAAUGAUGAGUUGAGUGUCGAGUAUAAGCCAGAGGAAGAGGAAGGUGAAUAUUAUGAAGAAUAUAAUUACAAGGAUAGUGAUAGUUUGGAUACCAAGGAAGAUUUUGACAGUAGCCCUACCACAUUUCCAUCAGUUACAGAAAAAGUUCCACAUGUAGGUAGCUCUCCAGGUGGACAUAAUUUACCUAAUCCAAAGACAAUUGUCACUCCAAAGACAGAUAGUACCCCUCGUCCAACUGAAAGGACUGUUGAUGAACAGGAGAAAUACACUGUCAACCUCGAGAAAUCUGAAGGACAGACAGUUGAGGUCAGAACACAAUCUGAAGAAAAGGGCAGACACAAUAAGAAUCCUUCAGGAGAGAGUGAGAGUGGGGUAAUAACAGCAAGUGAACGGCAAGAAAAACACAAAAUAGAUAAAGACGGGAGGGAGAGAGACACAGAAAAAUCUGAAAAGGAGUGGGUUACACAGAGCUACAAUACACGGGAUAACAUCCAGUUAACAACACAAAAUAGACCAAGACUUAACACUCGGCCUUCACCAGAGCAAAAUACACCAACCCAAACAAGAGCUUCCACUUCCAAGGUCAUUACUUCACAUUCAACCAGAGGGAGAACAAGAGAGGAAGUCACACAGAGUGAAGGUAAAGAGGUAAACAAGCCACGGGUAAAGCCUGAGAUCCACAGUUUCCCAAUAAUGGAGCCAAUUCACCCCUGGCUCCAUCAGAACAACCAGGGGAAAGGGCAAACCACCACUUCCUGGAUGACACACACAAAUCAAGAUAGAAAUCCAGGAAGACAGGGCAACGUGAAUCCAGGCAGACAUUCCCAGCCUCCCAGAGUUGCCCCAACCACCCGCUGGCCCUCACACCACCAUCGUCAUUACUACCCCCUCUAUCCUUCCUGGCCAGGUCAAAGGUCAUUUCCUCAUCCAAGGCAAGGUCCUGGAUCACACCCUGUGCCCACCCAUAGAACCUGGCCUCUCCCCCACCCCUGGGCUCAAGGCCCAGUCAUCACCAACAGACCAGAAAUCACAGCUGAAACUGUCAAGCCCACAUCUACGCCUUCUGGAACAACAAGAAACCCCAUAUUCACUAAUCCCCACCUGUCACAUCAAAAUCAUCACAUGGGUGGCAGGACCCAAACCAGAGAUCAGCUGUUUCUAUCAAGGCUGAGGAACAGAUACAGACAGGCACAGCUCGAUCGAAUUGCUCAGCUAGGGAGGAUGGUGACACCAAAACCCCGCACAGGCUACAAAAAUCCCCCAUCCCCCAUCACACCUAAACCCAACCUCCCAUCCCUGCAUAGACCCUACACCCCCAAACUACCAGUAGCCGCUGAUUCUUACACUUACAACGUGCAACCUCCAAACCUUGCUAAGCCGUCAUUGUCAUCAUUCUCUGGUUUCAUCCCAACCCCUCGCCCCUACCUCCCCACCACCCCCGGGGUUCUGCAUGGAGGUCGUUGGCCUGUCGAAGCAGGACGAAUCAGCUCUCGGCGGCCCACAGCUGCCCCACCUUUCCCAUGGGUGUUGGGAGCUGGAAGUGGUGGGAUGAAGCCACGGAUCACCACAGUUACCACAGCUAGCGUGUCAGUGCUCGCAGAGAGUGAUGUCUUCCUGCCCUGCAAAGCAACGGGGAAUCCUGAACCUACAAUUGCAUGGACCAAAGUCUCCACAGGGGCCACCAUCCCAGCCAACACCAAGCAUGGUCCUCGUUUUGAAGUUUUCAAGAAUGGAACUUUUGUUAUUAAAAACAUCCAGCUUCAGGAUCGAGGCCAGUACCUCUGCACAGCCCAGAACAGGUUUGGAUCCGAUCGCAUGGUCACCACCCUAGCUGUCCAGACUGAGGCACCCAAGAUUCAACCACCAAAGUCCACAGACAUAGCAGUUUACUUAGGGAAAAGUAUGACUCUUGACUGCCUCGCUUCUGGAAAACCACCAGCCCAGAUUUCCUGGAUUCUUCCCGACAGGACGUUUGUUCGUGAAGUUGGGACUGUUCACACUCUCCUCUCUCCAAUGUCUCUGCUUCAAAAUGGAACCCUGCAAAUUAAUUCUGCCAAUUUCUCCAACAAAGGGGACUAUAAAUGUAUAGCAAGUAAUGCAGCAGGUGCUGAUACAAUUACUUAUCAUCUCCACGUGGCAGCUCUACCUCCAAGCAUCAGUGAAGGAGCAGCGGAUACUGUGCUCAUUCAGCCAGGCAGGAGUGUGUAUAUCCACUGCUCUGUGAAAGGCGAACCAGCGCCUGCUCUGAAAUGGAUGCUCCCGUCAGGCGUCCAUGUCAAGCCAUCACAGUUCCUGGGACGCAGGCUGUUUGUCUUCCCUAAUGGGACACUGCUUGUGAAGAAUAUUUCGCCAUCUGAUGGUGGGAGGUACGAGUGUUUGGCCACUAACACUGUGGGAAUCGCCAAAAGAACUGUCCAGCUGGAGGUGAGGGCAGAUUCUCCCUCCCUCUCCCGCCAGCCUCCUCCUGCUCCUCUUCCCAUUCCUCCAACCCCUCACCAUGCUGUGCCAUCCCGCCAACACUCUGUCUCCGCUAUGUACGGUUCUGCUGUCUACCUCCACUGUCCAGAGUCUACUGGAUCCACUAGAGGGACCAUCUGGCAGCUGCCCUCGAAGACCACCAUGGAGCAUCGAUACAGUCCAGAGAGACCAAUUAAAGUUUUCCGUAAUGGGACUCUGAGGAUUCUUCAGCUAACAGAGCUAGAUGGUGGAAAUUAUCUGUGUGUCUUUCAGCGGCCCAAUGGGGAGGACAUGGAGCUCUUCCAGGUGGAGGUGUUGAUGACUGCUCCCAGAAUCGAACAUGUGAGGACUGCACAGACCAGGGUCACUUUUGGAGAAAAUUUCCAGGUGGACUGUGUUGCAACAGGCCUCCCUGAUCCAGAAGUUUCCUGGAGUCUUCCAGAUGGAACUUUAAUCAACAACGCCCUUCAAUCAGAUGACAGCGGCCUUCGAAACCGCCGCUACGUUAUCUUUGGCAAUGGAACUUUACUUCUCCAGCAAAUGGGUAAAAAAGAUGAGGGUGACUACACUUGCUAUGCCAAGAACAAACUGGGCAAAGAUGAAAGAAAGGUCAACGUCAAAGUGGGACCAAAUGCUCCAAAGAUUAGAUCAAAAUCACAAUCUUUAAUUACAGUGAAGUUGGGAGAAUCUGCUAAAUCAAGCUGUCAAGCAACAGGUGAUCCUAUACCAAGAAUCACAUGGAUCUCACCACGAAAUGAUGUGAUACCAGUAUCAUCAGAUAGAUUUCAGGUUAUGGAUGAUGGGACAUUAGUGGUGAAAAAGGUAACACUUGCUGAUGAAGGGAAAUAUGCAUGUGUGGCACGAAAUUCUGCUGGUGAUGACGUUAAAAACGUGAAACUUGAAGUUGAACCCCAGGAACCCUUUAUCAAUAGCAUGAAAGGGAAGAGUACCACAAAAGUUUUGGGUGUUUCCUACCAAACUGUGCUUCUGGAUUGCAGAGUGGAAGGAAAACCCGAACCAAGAGUCUGGUGGGUUACUCCUUAUGGCCACUCACUCACAACACCCUAUCUUGGCGGUCGCUUCCAAGUCCACCGAAAUGGGAGCUUGGAGCUGCGAGGCGUGAGGAAAACAGAUGAAGGGAGAUACAUGUGUCUUGCUAAAAACCAUCUGGGUGAAGCCUCACUUUUGGUUGAAUUAGAUGUGGCAUCACUAGCUGAGAAACCUAGCUUUGCUGUUCCCAAUAUUGAAAUCUUACCAAUAAAGCAAGAUGGCGGGGAAUUGAUCCUGGAGUGUCCUGCUCGUGGGAAACCACACCCAGAGUUUGCAUGGGUGCUACCAAAUGGGACAAUGUUAACGCCGGGUGUCAGACUCCAACGCUUCACCCAUCAUUUGGGCAAUGGAACUCUACGGAUAUCUCAACCGGUUGCAACUGAUAAGGGAGUGUACCGGUGCCUAGCGAAAAAUGUAGCAGGACAAGCGGAAAAACGUUAUGCGCUAGAGACAGGCAGGAAGCCAGUGAUCAGAGGAACUACAGGUGGGAUGAAGAUCACUUAUGGCCUCAAUCUCAACUUGCCUUGUACUGUUGAUGGCUGGCCCCAGGCAUCAAUCACGUGGACCCUACCCAAUGGCCUUGUUUUAGACAAACCUCAAACCAUUGGCCGGGUAUCUUUCCUUGCCAAUGGGACCCUCCAACUGCGGCAGGUCGCCACCUUUGACAAAGGAACAUACAUCUGUAAGGCCUUCAACUCUUUUGGUUCAUCAACACUAUCCUACCCAGUUGCAGUGAUGGUUUUCCCACCACGCAUCACCAGUACGCUAACCGCAAUCACAAGAGUAAACCGGGGAUCGCCAGUGACAUUAAAUUGUGUUGCAACUGGUAUUCCAAAGCCCGAUAUUUCAUGGACAUUGCCUGGACGUACAACUCUGCUUCCACAUAACCGGUUCACAGUACAGGGAGGGAUCCACAUGACAGAGGAGGGCAGUCUGUACAUACAGAGCCCUGUGCUCAUGAACUCUGGCAUUUACAAAUGCAAUGCAAAAAACGCACUUGGAACAGACUUCAAAUCUACAUACCUACAAGUAGUCUAAGUAACCAUUACAGCUACUCUUUAAUGGGAAAAUCUCAUAGCAGAAUUAAGACUGGAUGAGGAUUCUUCCCUCAGGAUUUUGAUAUACUAUCCAUGAUAAGGACUCUCCAGAGACAGACUCAAAAGCUGCCUGAAUGCAGGUGGUUUGAGAUACUUUGCAAAGCAGUUUCCACUGAACAAUGAAGCUUCAACCAUUGACUUUACAAUGAACAUUCACCUUUUGCAACUGUUAAAGAAGUCUUUUAAUUCUACAUUUUGAGCCUUAAAAUGCAUUUUCACUCCACACAGUGCCCUUUUGUCUGCUCAGACCUUUGCAUUUUAAGCCUUACCCCAUAGUUGUCUGUAUAAAAUUAUAGUUUGUAAAGAUUUUACUUUGCUCUACAGAUUUAAUUUAACAUGACAUUUGCAAGUGUUGUUCUUCAAGUGAAACAAUUUUAGACCCUUCUCUCUUGGGAUUGAUGUAUCUAAAUGUAAUAUGAACCCCUUAUAUGCGUAUAGUUGUUUUGUGUUCUGGUAUAAUUACAGUGAUUUCAACUGUAUAACGAAAUACACACUAUAAAACACAAGAGACUUUCUCCGCUAAGUUUACAGCAAAUAUUUCCCAAUUCAUCAACAGACAGUAAUGAGGAGUAGAGUGGUAUAAUUCCUGCAUGUAGGUCUGUCAUAAAAUGUUCUACUCAUGUGCUGAAGUGCCAUAUUAUAUGAACACAUACUGAGAAGUGACUCUUUUCUAUGAGGAUACAAAUACCCCAUUGCUGCUCUACAGUGUACGGUAUAUCAACAAAUGAAUUACUGUAUGUAUCAAUAUCAUGUAUUCAUGUUCGUAAUGGAACGAAGGAAUAGCUCACAAUAACUAGGUUGUGAGGUAACAGCUAUAAACAGGUGAGAGACACCAAUACAAAACAAACAUGCACAUAAAAAAACAUGUAAGUUUAUAAUUUAUGAUUAAAAAUACAAUAUACAGG